AUGGUGACUGCUCCUCUCUGUCCGCUGUUCAGGCCUCCUCCUGACCCACCACCGUGCAAGUUCCUCCCGUUGGCUUCCCUCUCUCUCGUCACUCCGCCGGAACCACCAGAUCCUCCGGAUGUACCCGCCGUCGUUGCUCUUCUUCGCUACCUCAACACCUCUUCCAGUCUCUUUCCUCUGGCGAUGACUCAAAACCCAGAUCUGGAUUUCCCAAGUUUGACGCCUGAGUCUCGAGGCUGUGACGUUCCCUUCUUGUUAUUGGGGAUCUCAACUCUAAAGCCACCAUCUAGGAUGGCUACAAAGAAUGGUGGUGGUGGUGGUUCCCCUGUGUCCGCUAGUGACACUUCAUUAACCUACGGGUUUCUUUCUCCUGUGAUAUACAGGUUUGUGUUUGGGUGUGUCGACUGGCUUUCAAUCAGUUCUUGUUUUGACCUCUCUACCACUCUUUCGUGUAAGGUUUUUCAGGGUCAUCUUAGCUCCUUUUACUCUGCUAAUCUAGAAUAUUCUAGACAGUUAUUUGGGUGGGUGACAUUGGAAUUGAGGUUUAGGACUUUAGUUGGUGAUAUACCGAUGGAUGUAGUUUCAUUAGGUUCUACCUUUACGACCUCUAGGAGCAUUUAUAUCGCCUUGGCGCGAUCGUCUGCAGUAUGCAGUUCUUGUACGGGUUCCAUGACGGAUGUUGGUGUUGGGCUUGUGUAUCUCUCUUCUCUGUGGCAGGUGGAAGAGAAGUUCAUUGUCCUCUUCAAGCCGUGGAAUAUGGAUGUGGCGGGUUAUGGUUUUCCGCUUGUUCCUCAGUUAAAUCAGUCUUCUUUCCUAAUAUUUCCUCCUAUAUGGAGUGAAUUGGAUGAACAUGUUUCGUUGGUAUUGCAAGGAUCUUCCUCCCAUCGAAUGCUCUCUGCGUAUGGUGCAGUGUGUGUGGUCCUACGGGUUACACUAGAUGCGAUCUUUGAAGAAGCUUAUGACUUUGUUGUGAUACGAUUUCAUAUGAUUUUCUUUUAUGAUUUGUAUCGCCAUUUUAUCCCUUAUGUUAUUGUUGUUGUUUGCUUGGCUGUUAAUAGCCUCUUUGUAUCCUCCUCCUCUGUUGGAACGUAA